GUUACUGCACCCGGAUGCAUUUUCGAUAUCAUAGCUAGCUAUGUCGCAUAGUUUGGAGACCGCGUCUAUCCUGCACUUCUCAAUGAAAUCUGAUCUUUGUUUUUUCUGAAGAUUUUUUCAGAGGAAAAUAACAAUAAGGACAGAUGCUUUCAUGGGACUACAGAUGCCGAUGCCUUUGAUGGGAUUGUAUUGCAUGAAGCAUAAUGAGGGUGUAUUGAAAAACAGGACAGAACCUUAAUGUUAACAUUUGGAGGUGCUGAAUCUGCAUACUUUUGGGGGGAAGAAGAUCUGCAUAAAAUGAAGAUGGAGGAAACAUGCGUUGUUAGAAAGAAUAUAGUCCAUUUUUAACCUCAGGCCAAAUCUUAUUGGUCUUAAAUUGUGUAUUGGGAAACAGAUAUCAUAUAUCAAGAUGACUUCAGAAGGAUACCAGUACAGAGCACUGUAUGACUAUAAAAAGGAGAGGGAGGAGGACAUUGAUUUGCAUGUAGGUGAUAUACUUGUGGUGAGCAAGGGUGCUCUGCUGGCCCUAGGCUGCCCUAAUUGGGCUGAAGAAAAACCAGAUGAGAUUGGGUGGCUGCCAGGAUUCAAUGAGACAACUCAUGAAAAAGGUGACUUCCCCGGGACUUACGUUGAGUUUGUGGGAAGAAAAACAAUUUCACCACCAACACCAAAACCAAGGCCACCUAGGCCUCUUCCUUCCACAUCAGAUCUAGCCAGGACAGAUUCAGAAUCAGAGGGCUUCAUGUUGCCAGAUCUGCCAGAACAGUUUGCUCCUCCAGAGACUGCAUCACCCAUCCUGGUCAAGCUUCUGGAGGCAAUAGAAGGCAAAGGUUUGGAAUGUCCAACCCUUUAUAGAACUUUCACAGCAGCUUGUGGGCUGGAUAUGAGACAGUUCACUGACUGUGAUUUGGAGCCUUUGGACCUACAGUCGCUAUGUGAUGGCCUUUGGAGAUACCUGCAGGAUUUGCCUAAUCCAGUUGUUCCCACCUCUCUCCAAAGUGAGAUGAUUCAUGCAGCAAAGGAGGUAAAGGAUCCAAAGGACUGUGCCCAGUUGUUGCGCAGAAUAGCCAGCUCACCUACCCAUCCGCCCCAAUACUGCCUCACGUUCUACUGCCUCAUCAAACAUUUCUGCCGAAUUUCUCAGAACACCAGCAAAAACCAACUCUGUGUCAGAGACUUGGCGGAAAUCUUUAGCCCUGUGCUUUUCAGGCUUCAACCAGCAAGCUGUGAGGCCAGCCUGGAUUCCCUUAUCAAGAUUAUAGAGAUCUUGGUCAACAGUGAAUUGAGUGAAACCCAGGCUGCUCCAGCUUUGCCCCCGAAACCACCAAAGGCCACUACUCCAGUUCCAAACAACGGGUUCAACAACAACAUGGCCUUGCAAGACGGGGAGUGGUACUGGGGAGACAUCUCAAGGGAGGAGGUGAAUGAGAAGCUGAGAGACACAGCUGAUGGUACGUUUCUGGUCCGAGAUGCAUCCACCAAAAUGCAUGGAGACUACACACUGACUCUGAGGAAAGGAGGAAAUAACAAACUGAUCAAAAUAUUCCAUCGGGAUGGGAAAUACGGCUUCUCAGACCCACUGACAUUCAACUCGGUGGUUGAGCUCAUCAAUCACUACAGACACGAGUCCUUAGCCCAGUACAACCCAAAGCUGGACGUGAGACUGCUGUACCCAGUGUCAAGGCUCCAGCAGGACCAGGUUGUUAAAGAGGACAACAUUGAAGCUGUCGGUAAAAGGCUGCAGGAGUACCACCUGCAGUUCCAGGAGAAGAACCGAGAGUACGAUCGUCUGUACGAGGAGUAUACAAGAACAUCACAGGAAAUUCAAAUGAAGAGAACGGCCAUUGAGGCAUUCAAUGAAACCAUUAAGAUCUUUGAGGAGCAGUGCCAAACCCAAGAGCGCUAUAGCAAGGAGUACAUUGAAAAGUUCAGGAGAGAGGGUAACGAUAAAGAAAUCCAGAGAAUCAUGGGAAACUACGACAAACUGAAAUCGAGAAUAAGUGAGAUUGUGGACAGCAAACGGCACCUGGAGGACGAUCUGAAAAAGCAAGCAGCGGAUUACAGGGAGAUCGAUAAGAAGAUGAACAGCAUCAAACCUGAUCUGAUUCAGCUCCGCAAGACCAGAGACCAAUACCUAAUGUGGCUGACACAAAAGGGAGUGAGGCAGAAGAAGCUGAAUGAAUGGUUGGGUAUCAAGAAUGAAAACCCAGAGGAUGAGUACUCAAUGGUUGAAGACGACGAGGACCUCCCACAUCAUGAUGAACGUUCGUGGAGGCUAGGCAACAUCAACCGGCUGCAGGCAGAAGCUCUGCUCCGGGGGAAGAAGGAUGGAACAUUCCUGGUCCGGGACAGUAGCAAAGCUGGCUGCUACGCCUGCAGUGUUGUUGUGGAGGGUGAGGUGAAGCAUUGUGUUAUCAACAAGAGUCAUACGGGCUAUGGAUUUGCAGAGCCUUAUAACCUGUAUGGCUCCCUAAAAGAACUAGUCCUGCACUACCACCACACGUCACUCGUACAGCACAAUGAUUCUUUAAAUGUCACGCUUGCCUACCCAGUUUACACACAGAAGAGGCGGUGAUGAACUCAUGGUGAGGACUUGGACUUCAUGAUGGACAAUCAAGAUGACUUCUUUGGAAAUGCAAAUGCCUAGGAUGGUAUCAAUUAAAUUAGGGAACCAUUGGUACAGGUAUUUGACAUUUUGGAAAUUUCAAAAAUCAGGAGAUGGUCCUCGUUUAAACUUUUUUUUUUUUUAUAUAGCUUUUUCCUUUGGAUAGCCAUGAUUACGUAUGUGUGAGUGAACAUGGUAUGUGCAGUCAAGCCUACUAAUUGAAAAAAAGGAGGAGAGACUUGAAGCAGCAGGUUUUUCAGACACAGAUUAAGCUUGGUCCUGGGCUAAAAUGCAUGGUCAAUGGAAAGUCUCCAUUGAAAUGGCUUUUUAGUCCCGGACUAGGCUUAAUCUGUGUCUGGGAAACCGCAUUUUCAGUGUUUGCAUUUAACUGAAAUGUUUGGCUUUCAAUACCAAAAUCUUCAUUCAACAUCCUGACACUGUCAAGUGUAAGUUUUUGUUGUGCUAUGCAAUGCUGUCUGCGUCCUCAGAAUUAAUAUGUACCCUAAAUAUAUUUGUAUUUUUUUUGUCAUGAUUAUUGGCCAUCAAUGUAGGCUUCCUGUUAGCUAGACAUGGUGUGGGACAUUUUUCAUUCUCUACUUCUACACACAAGACUUAUUUGGUUUACACUUUGUCUGUAAAAUGUUAAAAGCAUUCACAUUAGAGUAAUUUUAAAUGUAUUAAAAAAUAUAUACAGACACACACAGUACCAGUCAAAAAUCUGGACACCUACUCAUUCUUUAUUUUUUACUAUUUUCUGUAGAGUAAUA